AUGUCAGAAGACAAGAUCACGGGAACCUUGGCUUUCACUGUCUUCACGGCUGUGCUCGGUUCCUUCCAGUUUGGCUAUGACAUCGGGGUGAUCAACGCACCUCAGGACGUAAUAAUAUCCCAUUACCAACAUGUUUUGGGUAUUGCGGUGGAUGACCGAAGAGCUACCAGUAACUAUGCUGUCAACAGCACAGACUCCCCACUCGUAGCCACGCCCGCAUAUGCGACCACACCCCCCUGGGCUGAAGAGGAGGCUGCAGGAUCUGCUCACCUCAUCACUAUGCUCUGGUCUCUCUCUGUGUCCAGCUUCGCAGUGGGUGGAAUGGUCGCCUCAUUCUUUGGUGGGUGGCUAGGGGACAGGCUUGGAAGGAUCAAAGCCAUGUUGGCAGCCAACAGUCUCUCUUUGACUGGAGCCCUCUUGAUGGGGUGUUCCAAAUUCGGACCAUCACAUAUCCUCAUCAUCGCUGGAAGAAGUGUAUCAGGACUGUACUGUGGGCUAAUUUCAGGACUGGUUCCAAUGUACAUUGGUGAAAUCGCUCCAACCACGCUCCGAGGUGCUCUGGGCACUCUUCACCAACUGGCCCUGGUCACAGGCAUUCUCAUUAGUCAGAUAGCCGGCCUCAGCUUUCUGCUGGGCAACCAGGAUCAUUGGCACAUCCUACUUGGACUAUCUGCCGUACCAGCUCUCUUACAGUGUCUCCUACUCCUCUUCUGUCCAGAAAGCCCCCGGUACCUUUAUAUAAAGCUGGAAGAGGAAAUCAAAGCCAAGAAAAGCUUGAGGAGACUAAGAGGAACUGAGGAUGUCACCAAAGAUCUUAGUGAGAUGAGAAAAGAAAAGGAAGAGGCAUCUACUGCGCAGAAAGUCUCCGUGCUGCAGCUCUUCACAGACUCCAGCUACCGACAGCCAAUCAUAGUGGCGCUAAUGCUGCACAUGGCUCAGCAGUUUUCCGGAAUCAAUGGGAUAUUUUACUACUCAACCAGCAUUUUCCAGACAGCUGGGGUCAGCCAGCCUGUGUAUGCCACCAUAGGCGUGGGUGCCAUCAACAUGAUCUUCACUGCUAUCUCUGUACUGCUGGUGGAGAAGGCCGGGCGGAGGUCCCUGUUUCUAGCUGGAAUGGCUGGGAUGUUUUUCUGCGCCAUCUUCAUGUCUGUGGGCCUUGUGCUGCUGGAUAAAUUCUCCUGGAUGAGUUACGUGAGCAUGUCAGCCAUUUUCCUUUUCGUCAGUUUCUUUGAGAUUGGACCAGGUCCAAUCCCUUGGUUCAUGGUUGCUGAAUUUUUCAGCCAAGGACCCCGCCCCACUGCUCUGGCCCUGGCCGCCUUCAGCAACUGGUUUUGCAAUUUCAUUAUCGCUCUCUGCUUCCAGUACAUCGCGGAUUUCUGCGGGCCUUACGUGUUCUUCCUCUUCGCUGGGGUCGUCCUGGCCUUCACCCUGUUUACAUUUUUUAAAGUUCCAGAGACCAAAGGAAAGUCUUUUGAGGAAAUCGCUGCAGAAUUCCAGAAGAAAAGUGGUUCGGCCCCACCACCCAAAGCUGCUGUACAAAUGCAAUUCCUGGGGGCUUCAGAGACUGCCUGA